UGGCAUCAAGAGGCUGCAAGCAUCCGGCAGACGCAUUUUGCUAUGUCUGCGGCCAAUUUAUCAAGACAAGAGCGAAAAAGUACUCCGUGGAAGCAUCUUCUAAGAUGUGUGAGGCCUACAAGGCAUAUUUCCACAUGCCUGUUGGGGAUCCAGACAAACCCUGGGCACCUCAUUUCACCUGUGAGAAAUGCAAACAAAACUCUGGAAGGAUGGUACAGAGGGGAAAAGAGAGCCAUGAAGUUCGCUAUCCCAAGAAUUUGGCAGGAACCCACUGACCACUCAAGCAACUGCUACUUCUGCAUGGUGGACCCUUUCAAACGUCGGACUGGCAAUAAUGCACCUGCUAUCACGUAUCUGGACCUUCCUUCAUCCAUCGCCCCGGUGCCACACUGCGAAGAGAGCAGCAAGUCAGAGAGCGAGAGAUAUGUUGUAGAUCCAGAUGACUAUUUCAGAGGUGGAGCUGAGGAAAGAAACCCAUACUACCCCAACCAAAAAGACCUCAACAACUUGAUGAGAGAUCUUGGUCUCACCAAGUCCAAUGCCGAGCUUUUGACGUCUAGGCUUAAGCAGUGGAACUUGUUGGAUGAAAGCGUGCAAGUCGCAGAUCAGAGGAAGUGUCACCAAUCUUCUUGCAGCUUCUUCACCCAUCAAAAUGGGCUCUACUUCUACCACAAUGUAACCAGUCUAUUCGAGGCAAUCGGAAAUGCCUGUAACCAGAAUGAGUGGCGCCUCUUCAUUGACAGCUCAUCCAGGAGCCUCAAAGCCGUGCUGCUCCAUAAUUGUAACAAGUACCCGUCUCUUCACCUGGCUCACUCGGUGCACCUCAACGAGGAUUACAACAGCAUCAACACCUUGCUGGAUGCCUUGAAGUAUGAUGAGUACGGCUGGGAGGUCAUCAAACACUUCAAAAUGGUGGCAUUCCUGAUGGGUCUCUAAGGCGGUUUUGCCAAGUUUCCCUGCUAUCUUUGCCUUUGGGACAGCAGGGACACCAAGGCGCACUACCACAGGCAGGUCUGGCGACAGCGGACCGAGUUUUCUGUGGGGAGGAACAACCUCAAGUGGGAGCCACUGGUGGACUCCCGGAAGGUGCGGAUGCCACCACUGCACAUCAAAUUUGGCCUUAUUAAACAAUUUGUCAGAGCUGUAGAUAAGGAGUCAGCAGCCUUCAAGUACCUUCAAGACUUAUUCCCUAAGCUGUCUGAGGCAAAGGUCAAAGCCGGUUUCUUCAUCGGACCACAGAUACAGAAGAUCCUGGAGUGCAAUGAAUAUCCAAAGAAGCUCACUAGUAAAGAGAAAGCAGCUUGGAACAGCUUUGUCGCAGUGGUUCGUGGCUUCCUGGGAAAUCACAAGGUCGAAACUACGUAGAGCUGGUUGAGACUGGUGAAGUACUACGGCACAAUGGGCUGUAGGAUAUCUCUUAAAGUCCAUAUCCUUGAUGCUCAUCUUGAUAAAUUCAAGGAGAACAUGGGAGCGUAAUCGGAGGAGCAAGGCAAGCGCUUCCACCAGGAUAUACUGGACUUUGAACGCUGCUACCAAGGACAGUAUAAUAAGAACAUGAUGGGAGACUACAUUUGGGGGCUGAUUCGUGAAAGUGAUUUAAAGUAUAAUCGUAAAUCUUGAAAAAUUAUUCACUUCUAAAUCUUUUGUAGUCAUUUCUUUAUUAGUUUAGUAUAAAUGCAUGUUAAUAUUGAUAAAUAUGUUGUUUUUUCUGACUUUAUGUGAACGAAGAGACACAAUAUCGCCCAUUUUCUCAUUGAAAAUAGGUAAAUUUCAAAAUAUCAAUGUCCUGGACUUUAAAGCAAAGUUUGUGGAGAAUAAUAGACAUGUUUUAUACUUUUUAGGCAUAAGCAAUUAGGAAAUAAUGCUUACUACCCAGGAACAAAAAUUGUAUUAUAUAGUGUAAUCCGCCAAAUAAUCUAAACACAUGUUUCAAAAUGUGGAGGGAAAAACUGGAGAACCCAGAGAAAAUUACACAUGACCACGGGGAGAGCAUGCAAACUCCAAAUAUACAGGCAUCAAGGGUUGAGAUCGAACCUACUGCCUCCUGUAUACCAGGUAAGGUAGUUAACAUUUUGUCACCGUAGCACCACUAAUGUGUACUCAUUAAAAUUAUGAUAGUACUGAACUUAUAAUUAAUGCGCAGUUAAAUAAAUGUAUAUAUUUUUUUCCGUAACAAAACAGUACGAAAAUAAUUGGCCAAAAAUAUGAAAUGCAAUUUCCAUGGGUGAUUUCCCACCCACUGAAUGACUUGCAUAGGUUAAACAGUCAACAAACUUCAGAAAAAGUGGCACAGAAUGGAUGUGCAGAUUUAAUCUUGGGCACCAAAGCUAUCUGUCUAUACAUUGCUUUUUCAAUGGGUGCAUAUUGACUACAAAUGUACGUUUUGCAGGAAGCACAGAGGAAUAGAAUGUUAUCUUAAGUCAGACACCACAGCUCGAAUGCUGGACCAUAGCCUGUGUUCUACAAUAUGUUGUCCACAGUAUUGACACAUGAUAGUUUUCACCAAAAGAUAUGCAUGCUUGCACACAUGAUGUGCUAAGCCCCAAUAUUCUUGUAAAGUGUGGUGCACACCUUUAAUGUGUAAUUUUUAUGGCAAGGUAGACCACCCUUUUAUCUGCCAAAAAAUAAACCCAUGAUCUACCUUUUUCAACUGUAUGAAGUGAAUUGAUUAUCAUCAUUUCAUUAAACGUAAACUAAAACAAAACUAUACGAUUUUAUCAGGUAAGGUCCACUGAGCUAUAUAACUCUUUUUCAGAAGUGACCCGGCCACAAAUGAUAGCACAUCCAAGUGGCUUAUCAUGUGGACAUUUAAAGCAGCCAAAUUCUUAAACGCAUGUUUCUAAAUGUGUAUGGGAAAACCAGAAGACCUGGAGAAAAAUUGACACAACCACGAAGAAAACAUGCAAACUCCAAAUAUGCAAGAGGUGACAGGGUCGAGAUUGAACCUAUGACCUCCGAUAUACCAGCCGAGGUAGUUAACAACUCGUCACCCUGAAACAUGUUCACGUGCCACUGUUGUUGAAGUGAACAGGGCUUUCAAGAUAUUUGGGCUCAUCCACCAUACUCGAAUAUGUGUGGCGAUAAUGAAACAAGACACGCAUGUGUAGAACAUAAGAAAUGGACCACUCUUUUAAUUAUUUCCUCGUGCCGCAAUGGAGUAAAGUGUGGUUUUGUGAAGGUCCUUACGUGCUGUGCAGUCCAUCAAUGCACGUGUGUACACCAGCAUGCGAUACUGAGUCGGGCCUGUAGGUGAUUGGCAGGAUUAUCGAGUUACCUGACCUGUACACCAGUCACGUGGUUAAUGGCGACUCGGUGGAGGAUUGCCGUGUGUGACACACGUGCUGUUGCAUUUUACAGGUAAAGGACCCAAAGGUUGUUUUUGAUAGUUAUAAAAAUGUGCUAGUCUUGAAGCUUGGCUUUGAAUUUGUAGUUUGUGAUAUGCUCAAUGGGAGGGUGUUUAGCACUGUCCACUGUAAAGGAUGACGUACUGUAAUUAAUGCUGGUAAUUCUCUAACCCUAAUACUGUUUAUUCUAUAACCCUGCCCAUGCACCCAGAGUAUGACUACUUGCAAUGCUAUUAAAAAUAGAACACAUGUAAGUUGUACAAUGGUGACAAGUACAGUACAUAUACAGUACACAUACAGUACAUAUAAUGGGUGUAAUAGAUAGACAUACAGCGUGGGGUUAAAGUAAUAUUCGAAUAGUGAAGUGUAGAGGUUAUGAUUAAAGAGAAAUAUAUAUCAGUAGUGGAACUGGGAUUAAAGGAGACCGCUAUUGAGUAACCUGACUUGUACAUCAGUAACGUGGUUAAUGGCGACUAGGUUGAGAAUUGCUGCGUGUGACACACGUGCUGUUGCAUUUUACAGAUUACCACAAUAAAUAUGUUUGCCCUCGA